UUGGACUCAUCACGAAACUGGUAUACUAAAUCCCUCAAUAUUUUGAAGUUAAAUUCAGCUUUGAUUCAUUCAAUUUUGUGGUGUUGAAGGAAGUUUUGGCUUCUCCUGCAUUUACUCUGUGUGAUAUAUUUCUGUAGUUACCAUGGAAGAAGAGGACAAUGCGGUUGAGCUUCUACAAAGAUAUCGGCGGGAUAGGCGUAUACUUCUUGAUUUUAUACUUUCUGGUAGCUUAAUUAAGAAAGUAGUAAUGCCCCCCGGCGCGGUUUCAUUGGAUGAUGUGGAUCUAGAUCAAGUCAGUGUUGAAUAUGUACUUGGUUGUGUGAAGAAAGGAGGGAUGCUUGAACUGUCAGAAGCUAUUAGAGAUUACCAUGACAGUACUCUUUUCCCACAUAUGAUAAAUAAUAUGGGUUCUACAGAUGAGUUUUUUUUGGUCACAAAUUCCGAAUCUUCAGGCUCACCACCAAAACGGGCUCCACCAUCUGCUCCUUUGUUUACACCAUCCCCCAUUAUGCCAAGUCUUUUAAAAUCACAAUCUCUUAGCUCCACACAUGUGGAAGAGUCUCUUGAUUCCAUGCAUGUUGAAGAGUCUCUUAACUCCACACAAGUGCAAGAACUAUCAGUUGAUGACAUUGAUGAUUUUGAGGAUGAUGAUGAUUUAGAAGAAGUUGACAGCCGUAGGACUUCAAGACGAAUUCCAAAUGAUGCCUCUGAUCUUGCAUUAGGAUUGCCUUCAUUUGCAACAGGUAAAAUGGCCAUGAAUGUUUAUUCUGAUAUCAAAAUGAUCAUGAAUGUUUAUUCUCACUUCAAGGCAUUAGGAUUGCAUUCAUUGACUUCAAGACUAAUGCCAAACUUAUGUCAUUCUGAUGUCAUGCUGUGGUCUUUUGAAAGUGAUGGCAAUAUGUUUAUUCUUCUUUCUGUAGUUACAGUUGAUAAUUAGGUUACAUCUACAUCU